AUGGUCAAGUCACUUGUGCAGACAUGCCCCGAAUGGCCACCUCUUCCUGAUACCCUCGGCUCUGUGGCCUUCAAUGAGCGUGUGUGGUUCCUGACGGCGAGCCCUGCUGCCGUCUCCAACCUCUUCUCCAACAUCAUUCUCGCCGAGUAUGGCCAUGCAGAAGCGCCUCUGCUCGAGUCCAUGAUCCGACUGGAAGCCGCACGUGCUGCCUAUGCCGCUGCUGACUAUAUGCUCGCCAUGGAGAAGAUGUUUGAAGCUCUUGAGUUCUGGAUCUUUGUCAUGCCGCCCGCAGACAAGCAUCGCAAGCGCCUGCAGAAGUCGGUUCUGGCCUCAAUCGCCCCGCUGACUGCCGCCGGUCAGAGCCACGGCGAUGCGGCUCCAGCUCGCGUCUCGGAGAACGAUGAGGCCGCCACCCAAGCAGUCUUUCUCCUCAAGCGGGCGCUCACCUUUCUCAAAGCCAAGUAUGUGACCAAGAACAAGGCCGAUCUUCUUGCUCUGGUCCACAACGCACUGGCCACGGUCUCGUUCCACACUGGCUCGCUCGCCCUCGCUCGGGUCUACCUCGAGAAAGCCAUGGACGGCUCGUCGCGGUGGUUGUCAGUUGCGUCUGGCCCGCCUUUCAAAAAUGUGCUUGCUCGCGGGACGGCCAUUGCCACUGCGCUGCGGCACGCGUUGCUGAUGUACGCCGAUGAUGCCUACCUACGGGCGCUGACUCGGACCCGGUUGGCGCUGGAGUUGGCCUGCCGCGCCCACGCCGGCUGGGCCUGGAGCUCGCUUUCGUGGUAUGAUGUCCCUGCGUCAGAGCUUAUUGGCGUCGCUUGCCACAACGCUGCGGUCUACGUCAUUGUCUCGUCGUCACGGGUGGAGCUCGCGCUCGCCGCCGCCGCCGCCGCCGAGGCAGCCAACUCGACGUCUGUUUCAGACGCCGCAGCCUCAGCGCUCGCUGCCGACCUCGUCGACGCCAUGGCAGCCCACGAUCUCUCGCCCGACGCAGCCGCCACUGCGCUUGAGAUGGCCCGCAUCCCCCGCCCGCUGGAAGAGCUCACUGUCGAGCUCGCCGAUCUGGAGGCUGCGCUUGCUGCAGAAGACAAGAAGCUGCGCGUUGGGCUGAGCGCAAGCCACUCGGGCCGGCCGUCGUCCGCGUCGACCCGCCUCAUUCCCGCAUUGGCGUCGUCAGCCGCCCAUCCACGUGCACACCUGGAGGCCCCUCCCGGUACUCGCUCGCGCCGCAAGGCCUCCGAGAAGCCAAUGACCUCGAUCUCGACGUACAUUGCGCUCCAGCACGCGCCGCCCGACGAGGCCCUUGCCCGCAAGACUGCCGCCCGCAAGGCGGCCGCUCGCAAGUCGCGCGCCGCCAAGGCCGAGCGGCGGCGCAAGGCCAGACUACAGCGUGCGCAGCUGUCGCUUCCCGACUCUGUAUCGCGCGCCGACACGCUUGCCAUGCUGGAGGAGAGCCUCGAAGUCUACGCCCCGCAUCGUGAGGGUGUGCAUGUCGUCUGGGAUGCUGAAGACAGCGACGCGUCGUGGCUCAUGCCGUCGUCAUUUGACGCCAACGCCGACACUGCCGCAUCCCCCCCCAGCCGUCUUGGCAUCGAUGCCCUCGCCACAACAGCCGAGCCGUCGAUCCAGCACGCUGCACCUCCUCACCUUGUUCCGUCGACCUCGCUCUGCUCGGCGCUCACCACCGCCCCCUCAUCGGCCACCUACUGUCCGCCUGACAUCUGGAUUCGAACAGUUGAUCCGUUUGCCGAGUAG